AUGGAUGCAAGAUUCUUGUACCCCUUGGAGAGCUGUAAAAUCAUCCACUUGCUGAGACACGGACAAGCGUUGCACAAUGUAGAAGCCGAGAACGAUAGAAAUGCAUUGUUGUCUCCUCAUCUUUUUGACGCUCCACUUACCGACUAUGGUCACCAACAGGUUGAGAACCUCCGCGAACGCGUUGCUUUGAACGGGCUACUAAAGAGGGUGGAGCUAGUUGUAACUUCUCCCUUGUUGAGAACUAUGCAGACCGCGGUUGGAGUUUUUGGAAAUGAAAACGAACAACCAAAUAUGUCAAGCAGCCCUCCCAUCUUGGCACUUGAGGUUGCUCGAGACCGUAAUGGAGUUCGUCCUCCUGACAUGAGAAGAAACGUGAGCGAAUAUCAAGCUCUUUUCCCUGACAUUGAUUUCUCUCAGAUCGAAAGUGAAGAGGACAACCUGUGGAGACCCGAUGUUCGAGAAUCUGAAGAAGAGAUUUCGGCGAGAGGGUUAGAGUUCAUGAAAUGGUUAUGGAAGAGACCAGAGAAGGAGGUCGCAGUUGUGAGCCAUGGCAUAGUUUUGCAGCAUAUGCUGUACGUGUUCGCAAACGAUUGUGACCAGUCAACUACACGUGAACUUUGCAAGAGGUUUGCUAAUUGCGAAAUUCGUACUGUCGUAAUUGUAGACAAAGGCCUGUGCUCGUCUACGGAGAAAUGA